GUUAUCUGGUAUCUCUGGAGUCCCGUGGAGAAAGUACUGGCUGCCGCACUGGUGGCGGCUAGAGCAGGCGGUGGGUCGGCGGACUGGCUGUUUGGUCUCGCCGCAGCUAGGGGCCGUUUCCAUCGCAGCACCACGGCCCCAUCCUCCAGCCCAGACCCCGGCGCGGCUGCCCGGGGGGCUCCUUCUGGCUCCUUGACGCCGCUCCAAGGGGCAUCUACCUGGGCAUCGCCAGGGUCUCCCGCCGGGGGACUGGUUCCCGGCUUCAGCACUCCGGGCCACUGUAAGAAGUGCCCUUAUCAACCCGCGCCCUGCCCCCCUCCCUGAGCCAUCGAGACCCUGGUCCAGAGCGACAGCCUUGGACCUGGGACUAGACGGAUCCAAGACGCUAAGCCCUGGCCUCCUACAGACGGGGCUCUGCAUCGUCUCUGAUAUGUCACCCACCAUCUCCCACAAGGACAGCAGUCGGCAACGACGGCCAGGGACUUUUAACCACUCUCUAGAUAUGAAGAGCGGUCCUCUGCCGCCGGGCGCCUGGGAUAAUUAUCCGGACUUGGUUGGCGGGGAAGGGGACAAAGAAGCUUUUCUUUGGGAUAUCGGCGCUAGUGACUUCUCAAAACCCCCACGGAGCUGCCGGGCGGAAUUAAGAAGCAUUUUGCUGUUGCUCUUUCUUUACGUGCUUCAGGGCAUUCCACUGGGCCUGGCGGGAAGCAUCCCACUCAUUUUACAGAGCAAAAAUGUUAGCUAUACAGAUCAAGCUUUCUUCAGUUUUGUCUUUUGGCCCUUCAGUCUCAAAUUGCUCUGGGCCCCUUUGGUUGAUGCGGUUUACUUUAGGAACUUCGGUCGUCGCAAAUCUUGGCUUGUCCCUACACAGUAUAUACUGGGACUCUUCAUGAUAUAUCUCUCUACUCAAGUGGACCAUUUGCUCGGAAAUACAGAUGGCAGAACCCCCGAUGUGGUUGCUCUCACAGUGACAUUCUUUUUGUUUGAAUUCCUGGCAGCUACGCAGGACAUCGCUGUGGAUGGUUGGGCGUUAACUAUGUUAUCCCGGGAAAACGUGGGUUAUGCUUCUACUUGCAAUUCAGUGGGCCAAACAGCCGGUUACUUUUUGGGCAAUGUUUUGUUUUUGGCCCUUGAAUCUGCCGACUUUUGUAACAAAUACUUGCGGUUUCAACCUCAACCCAGGGGAAUCGUUACUCUUUCAGACUUCCUUUUCUUCUGGGGAACUGUAUUUUUGAUAACAACAACUUUAGUUGCCCUUCUGAAAAAAGAACACAAAGAAGUAUCAGUAGGAAAAGAAGAAACCCAAGGGAUCACAGAUACUUACAAGCUGCUUUUUGCAAUUAUAAAAAUGCCUGCAGUUCUGACAUUUUGCCUUCUGAUUCUAACUGCAAAGAUUGGUUUUUCAGCAGCAGAUGCAGUAACAGGACUGAAAUUGGUAGAAGAGGGAGUACCCAAAGAACAUUUAGCCUUAUUGGCAGUUCCAAUGGUUCCUUUGCAAAUAAUAUUGCCUCUGAUUAUCAGCAAAUAUACUGCAGGUCCCCAGCCACUAAACAUAUUUUACAAAGCCAUGCCCUACAGAUUAUUGCUUGGAUUAGAAUAUGCUCUACUGGUCUGGUGGACUCCUAAAGUAGAACAUCAAGGGGGAUUCCCUAUAUAUUACUAUAUUAUAGUGCUGCUCAGUUAUGCGUUACAUCAGGUUACAUUGUAUAGCAUGUAUGUUUCCGUAAUGGCUUUCAAUGCGAAGGUUAGUGAUCCACUUAUUGGCGGAACAUAUAUGACCCUUUUAAAUACUGUGUCCAACCUGGGAGGAAACUGGCCUUCUACAGUAGCUCUUUGGCUGGUAGAUCCCCUCACAGUGAAAGAGUGUGUAGGAGCAUCAAACCAGAAUUGCCAAACACACGAUGCUGUUGAGCUUUGCAAAAAACUCGGUGGCUCAUGUGUUACAGCACUGGAUGGUUAUUAUGUGGAGUCCGUUAUUUGUGUUUUUAUUGGAUUUGGUUGGUGGUUCUUUCUUGGUCCGAAACUUAAAAAGUUACAGGAUGAAGGACCAUCUUCAUGGAAGUGCAAAAGGAGCAAGUAAUGCAUUCACUACUGGACAUUCUAGAAAGGUAACUCUAGUUUAGUUUUAACUCAGAGAGUUACAGUAAUCAGUGUACAGGAGUAUAAAAUAUUAUUUUAAACAGGAAAUUAUUAAUAUAAAAUGCCAAAUGGUUAAAAAUAUAGGGACCUCUCUGUAUAUUUAAAUAUACUUUUCCUUGCCUUGUCAAUGUAUUUAAAGUUUACUUAAGGUCAGGAAAUUGGUACUAAAACAACUUUUCUGAUCUUCUUAUUUGAUUUAUGUCUUUUUAAUUUACUGACCAAAGCAUGUUUUAAGCUGCAGUGCAGUAGUCAUGGGUGGUAACCAUGCAGUCAAGUAUUGUUAUCAGUACCUAUCAUUGAGCUAUAUUAAAAUGUUUGGUAAAAUAUAUUAAAUGGAACAGAGCUUGAUAUUCAGGUACUAACUACAACUAGUUUGGCCUUGUUGGCAGUUCAAUCUUAUUUUGAAUUGCAAAUUGGUUAAAUUUUAUGUGGAAUUUCUUGAGAAGAGAAACUACUGAAAUACCAUUUUAGUUUUAAAAACUAAAUACCAAUUUAGUUUUAAUUUUUCUGACCAUAACCACAUUGUGCUAAUGAAUCUGUGUUAAAAAGACUAUUUUAAAUGUAUUUCCUGCUUUUGUAAGCAUUAAAGAUUUAUAGGAAGAUUAUUCAAACUAUUUUUUAUAAAAUGAAAGCUAUGACUUUUAAUUUAUUGGUUUCCCCUCCCCCUUCCCCCCUUUUGGAAGAUAUUUUGAUUCCUUGUUAAUUUUACCCUAAAGCUUACAUACGGUUUUUUGUCAUAAGUGCUUCAUGGCACAUGGACAGCUCACAAGUGGUUCAAAUUUAAUGUUGUAUGUAUGUUCAUGGCAAAGUUUUGAAAAUAAAAAUUAAACGUUUUUCUUCAAGUAGUUUUCUUUUUAUUAUUGAGAGAAAAACAGUAAAACUUACUGAUAAAGAAAAAUUUAAAUGAAUAAUAGUGUAAUUUUAGAAACUGUUUUGAAGAGA